UAACUAAAAUGACUCAAAACGUUAUACAAAUAACUGAUCCAAAAAACAAUACUAUUUCUGAGACAAAAUAUGGAACCGUUGAAUACAAUACAAAAAGUGGAGGAAAAAGAGUUACAAAAUUUUUGAGACAUAAUGUCUUAGCUGUGGCCACACUGUCGGCAGUAAUCCUUGCGGUCGUAAUCGGGAUAAUCGUGAGAAACACAACAAACAAAUGGAGUGAAAGAUCUUUAAUGUAUUUGGAAUUUCCGGGCGAUAUCUUCUUACGAAUGCUUAAGUGUUUAAUAUUACCACUUAUUAUAUCGAGUCUGAUCUCAUCUCUCGGUAAUCUGGAUACCAAACUAUCGGGUCAUAUCGGCAAAAGAGCAGUUCUCUAUUAUUUAAUUACAACUAUUUUGGCCAUAUUUUUAGGAAUAGUUUUGGUACUUAUUAUAAGACCCGGCAGUGGAAGAAAUGUCGAGCGCAGUACUGACGGACCAAAACCUAGAGUUACGACAACACCGGACACUAUCUUAGAUCUAAUCCGAAAUCUGUUUCCCACAAACUUAGUUGAGGCAUGUUUUGCACAAUACACUACAACUCUGAUAAUCAACGCUAACGAGACUGACAUUUAUAAGUGGAAAAUCAAGCCAACAGUCGGCGGCGGAACCAAUAUAUUGGGUUUAGUUGUCUUUUCCAUAGUGUUUGGCUCUAUUAUUGGUCGCAUGAAAGAUGAUGGCAAACCAUUGCUUAACUUCUUCAAUAGUUUAAGUGAAGCUACUUUAAGGAUAACAAAUAUUGUCAUUAAAUUGACACCAAUUGGAGUAAUGUUUUUAGUUUUACCACGAAUUGUAUCCGUAGAUGACGUAAAAACAUUGCUUAGUAGUGUUGGUCUCUUCACUAUAACAGUUAUAAUUGGUCUAUUAAUUCAUGGCUUAUUAGUGUUGCCCGCAAUAUACUAUUUCUUUACCCGUAAGAAUCCUUAUAUAUUUUUGGGAAAAAUGACAGAAGCAUUGAUGACAGCCUUUGGGACGGCUUCUUCAUCGGCAACGCUUCCGGUGACCAUCUCAUGUCUCGAAGAAAAAAAUAAAAUUAACCGAAAUGUUGUCCGAUUCUGUAUUCCGAUUGGAGCCACUAUUAAUAUGGACGGCACAGCAUUAUAUGAAGCAGUGGCCACACUUUUUAUCGCACAAUCACGUGGUUUGCCCAUGGAUUUAGCAAAAGUUAUUAUCGUUAGUAUCACAGCAACAGCUGCUUCAGUGGGCGCCGCAGGAAUACCACAGGCUGGUUUAAUAACAAUGGUUAUUGUACUUAAUGCACUUGGUCUUCCCGCUGAAGAUGUGGCUCUGGUUUAUAUAAUUGAUUGGCUUUUAGAUCGUUUUCGGACAGCAGUCAAUGUUUUGGGCGACGCUUACGGAUCAGCAAUAGUCGAACAUUUGAGUCAAAAUGAAUUGAAUGAGUUGUCCAACAAAACAGAUGAAUCAGAUCUGCAGAAGAACGACAUAUUAUCUCAAACACAAUCGUCUCCCUCUUCAUCUUCAUCUGCUGUCUCAUCGCUUAAAAGUAUUAUUUCUGACAAUAAUAAAGACUCCAUGAGUUAUAACAACUCAGCAUUCAUUGGUGAUACCAAUUCAAACAAUAAUUCAUAA